CCGCGACCUUUCCCCACCGAGCCCCCACCCGCUCCGUUCCCCGAAACUUUCCUCCGCGCGAAUCCGCAGCAGCGGGAGCGGCGGCGGCGGCGGCGGCGAGGCGGAGAUGUCGUACCUGCUGCCGCAUCUGCACUCGGGGUGGGCGGUGGACCAGGCCAUCCUCGCGGAGGAGGAGCGCCUCGUCAUCAUCCGCUUCGGCCACGACUGGGACGAGACGUGCAUGCAGAUGGAUGAAGUUCUUGCAGCAGUUGCUGAGACCAUAAAGAACUUUGCGGUCAUCUACCUUGUCGACAUCACCGAGGUUCCAGAUUUCAACACCAUGUACGAGCUGUAUGAUCCAUCGACUGUGAUGUUCUUCUUCCGCAACAAGCAUAUCAUGAUCGAUCUGGGGACAGGAAACAAUAACAAGAUCAACUGGGCCUUGAAGGACAAGCAGGAGUUCAUUGACAUUGUGGAGACUGUCUAUCGAGGUGCUCGCAAAGGCCGUGGUCUGGUGAUCGCUCCCAAGGACUACUCCACUAAGUACCGGUACUAAGCUAUUUCGCACCAUGUCUGCUGUUGUGCGAUUUCUAGCCUGUAUUCUGUAAAACCCCUUAACAUUAAGGGCAGGUCAGGUGACCUUAGUGCAAGAGCUGCCAACUUGCUGUGUGUUGCUUAACUAGAAACUGUAAUCCUUGAUUGUUCAGAAGUAUUGAGUGCCAGAACAGAAUAUACACUCUAUUGAUACAUCGAUGACAAUUUGAUUGGUGUGGAGAA